GAGAUUUCCGAGUUCCAAAUUCCUAGUUGUUAUGAACGCGGCAUUAGUCUUGUCUAGGGGCUGGGUUUCUGUAUUUUAUCUAAAGAACAAAUCCGUUGAACGCAAAUAUGGAGAGACAAAGACAUUGAAAAGAAACGGAAGAAGUAUGCCUAUAUUACCAUAAAAUUUUUAAAAUGGCAAUACGGGAACUAAAAGUGUGUCUUCUUGGGGAUACUGGAGUGGGCAAGUCUAGUAUUGUAUGUCGUUUUGUACAAGACCAUUUCGACCACAACAUUAGUCCAACUAUAGGGGCAUCGUUUUUAACCAAGACGGUCCCGUGUGGACACGAACUACACAAGUUCCUCAUCUGGGACACAGCGGGACAGGAAAGGUUCCACUCGCUGGCCCCCAUGUACUACCGAGGCUCUGCCGCAGCUGUCAUUGUCUAUGACAUCACCAAACUGGACUCUUUCCAGACACUGAAGAAAUGGGUGAAGGAGCUGAAAGAACAUGGUCCGGAGGACAUCGUUGUGGCCAUCGCAGGGAACAAAAACGACUUGGGGGACAUCCGGGAAGUUCCUAUGAAGGAAGCGAAGGACUUUGCUGAGUCCAUCGCAGCUAUUUUCAUGGAGACCAGCGCCAGAAACGCCGUCAAUGUGGAGGAGCUCUUUCAGAAGAUCAGUAAACAGAUUCCGCCCCUGGAGAAUCCAGACUUAGACAGUAACGAGUCCUUCAAGAUAAUCCGUCAGCCUCCUCCCUCUAACAAACGCUGCUGCUAGUAGGACCCCCUUUCUGAGUCCCGAAUAGACCCCUACCACCCUACCACCCUACGCCCUAGGUAUUUCAUGUUGAUCUCAAGGGGAUUGGACUGGUGUAGUAUGGUCGAAUAUGUUGGUAACUCUACCUGUCUUAUCUCAAGGGGAUUGGACUGGUGUAGUAUGGUCGAAUAUGUUGGUAACUCUACCUGUCUUAUCUCAAGGGGAUUGGACUGGUGUAGUAUGGUCGAAUAUGUUGGUAACUCUACCUGUCUUAUCUCAAGGGGAUUGGACUGGUGUAGUAUGGUCGAAUAUGUUGGUAACUCUACCUGUCUUAUCUCAAGGGGAUUGGACUGGUGUGGUAUGGUCGAAUAUGUUGGUAACUCUACCUGUCUUAUCUCAAGGGGAUUGGACUGGUGUAGUAUGGUCGAAUAUGUUGGUAACUCUACCUGUCUUAUCUCAAGGAAAGGUGGCGGUAUUAUCGUGUAAACCACAUUGUUUACACCUAUCCUAUAUUUUCAGAUCGCUAUGAAGUUGCUAGGCCCUAGGGGUUAAGGGGCAAUGGGGUCGGUUUGGAAUUCAGCAUCCGAUUGCCAGUGAGAUUAUCACAGUCUUUGUUUCCAUGGAUCAAGUCUACACAUCCAUCCAUCUUGACACACGGGUCACAAUGUAGCGUUGGUGUACGCAACAGCCUGUAUAGUUCAGCUCCUGAUUGCCCCUUUCGACAGUCCACAAUGCAUAUACAGUACAUGAGUCUCACGGAGAGAGGAGGACAACAUGGCUUUGGCUUUGUGGUCGAUCAGAACCUCUCUCCCCUAUAGGGAACAGAGUGUCCCAAGUCCAGAAACCGCCCCUAUAACCCAUAUAAAGCCAUAUUCUACCUAUUCUACCUACCAGAUAUAUCCAGGCUGCAUCACAACCGAGCCGCGAUUGGGAGUCCCACAGGGCGGGGCACAAUUGGCCCAGCGUCGUCCGGGUUUGGCCCGGUGUUAGGCCCGUCAUUGUAAAUAAGAAUUUUGUUUUCUUAACUGACUUGCCUAGGUAAAUAAAGGUUACAUUUCAAAUAUACUCCUGUGCCUUGGUACGGUGUGCUGUAGGUGUCAUUUCUGGAUAUAGAGAGGAACCAGUGUUUUUUCUUUAGAUGUAAAACAUGUUAAUAAAAUGAAGGAAUAGUAUAAGGUACAUAGUGGGCUAUGUUUUCAGUUCAUAUACAGCAGCACAGAACAAACACACAAUUUCAUCCUAUUAGAAAUAGAAUAAAAAAAAUAAGAAAAUCUAAAUUUUAAAUUGAGAAUAUAUAUAUUUUUUUCAUUGAACCUUUAUUUAACUAGGCAAGUCAGUGAAGAAAAAAAUAUUAUGUACAAUGACGGCCUGCCGGGGAAAUUCAAAAAUAGGUUAAUUAAAAUAACCUGAGACUUGAGAGUACUUUCUGAAUAGGAUUCUGAUAUUCGAUAUAGAGCUUAUGAAUUCUCAUUCCCGAACAAUGGCGUCAACAGAUGUGUUGAUCCAUUGACUGUAUUGUUUCACCGUCGAUAGGAGUUUAAUAUCCAUUUAUUGCAUGAAUCUGGUCUCGCCGACCGUCGUUGUCCCCCCCCCCAUUGAACGCUUGUAAAUUCAGGAGAGAAACAAAUAAGAAACGUCCCUUUUUCAGGACCCUGUCUUUCAAAGAUAAUUCGUAAAAAUCCAAAUAACUUCACAGAUCUUCAUUGUAAAGGGUUUAAACACUGUUUCCCCAUGCCUGUUCAAUGAACCAUAAACAAUUAAUGAACAUGCACCUGUGGAACGGUCAUUAAGACACGAACAGCUUACAGACGGUAGGCAAUUAAGGUCACAGUUAUGAAAACUUAGGACACUAAAGAGGCCUGUCUACUGACUCUGAAAAACAUCAAAAGAAAGAUGCGCAGGGUUCCUGCUCAUCUGCGUGAACGUGCCUUAGGCAUGCUGCAAGGAGGCAUGAGGACUGCAGAUGUGGCCAGGGCAAUAAAUUACCAUUUCCGUACUGUGAGACGCCGAAGACAGCGCUACAGGGAGACAGGAUGGACAGCUGAUCGUUCUCGCAGUGGCAGACCAUGUGUAACAACACCUGCACAGGAUCGGUACAUCCGAACAUCACACCUGCGGGACAGGUACAGGAUGGUAACAACAACUGCCCGAGUUACACCAGGAACGCACAAUCCCUCUAUCAGUGCUCAGACUGUCCACAAUAGGCUGAGAGAGGCUGGACUGAGGGCUUGUAGGCCUGUUGUAAGGCAGGUCCUCACCAGACAUCAUCGGCAACAACGUUACCUAUAGGCACAAACCCACCGUCGCUGGACCAGACAGGAUUGGCAAAAAGUGCUCUUCACUGACGAGUCGUGGUUUUGUCUCACCAGGGGUGAUGGUCGGUUUAUCAUCGAAGGAAUGAGCAUUACACAGAGGCCUGUGCUCUGGAGCGGGAUUGAUUUGGAGGUGGAGGGUCCGUCAUGGUCUGGGGCGGUGUGUCACAGCGUCAUCGGACUGAGCUUGUUGUCAUUGCAGGCAAUGUCAACGCUGUGCGUUACAGGGAAGACAUCCUCCUCCCUCAUGUGGUACCCUUCCUGCAGGCUCAUCCUGACAUGACCCUCCAGCAUGACAAUGCCACCAGCCAUACUGCUCGUUCUGUGAGUGAUUUCCUGCAAGACAGGAAUGUCAGUGUUCUGCCAUGGCCAGCGAAGAGCCCGGAUCUCAAUGGAUUGGAGGGUGAGGGCUAGGGCCAUUCCCCCCAGAAAUGUCCGGGAACUUGCAGGUGCCUUGGUGGAAGAGUGACGUAACAUCUCACAGCAAGAACUGGCAAAUCUGGUGCAGUCCAUGAGGAGGAGAUGCACUGCAGUACUUAAUGCAGCUGGUGGCCACACCGGAUACUGACUGUUACUUUUGAUUAUGACCCUCCCUUUGUUCAGGGACACAUUAUUCCAUUUCUGUUAAGUCACAUGUCUGUGGAACUUGUUCAGUUUAUGUCUCAGUUGUUGAAUCUUGUUAUGUUCAUACACAUAUUUACACAUGUUAAGUUUGCUGAAAAAUAAACGCGGUUGACAGUGAGAGGACGUUUCUUUUUUUUCUUUUUUUGCUGAGUUUAUAUGUACAUGCCAGCACACAUGUAGAAUAUGUAUUUCUGAUAAUGUACUGUAUAAGAUGUUCAUAAUGUAUAUGAAGGACUAGGUUGCAUGAGCACAUAAAUGCAUCGUAGGGUGGCAGGUCUCCUAGCGGUUAAGAGCUUUUGAGCCAGUAACCAAAAAGUUGCUGGUUCGAAUCCCCAAGCCUAUUAGGUGUAAAAAUCUGUCAAUGUGCCCUUGCGCAAAGCACUUAACCCUGAUUGGUCCUGUAAGUUGCUCUGGAUAAGAGAGUCUGUUGAAUGACUAAAAAUGUCAAAUAAUUUGUAAUGUUAAUUGUAUAUUAUCUCAUAGAACAAAAUGUAGAAGAGCCUGUGUCGUAGUUUAUUCCAGAACCCCAUUCUUUUCCACAUUAAUUUCCCAUAUAGAAAUGCCCAACAAACCAGAAGUAGAAAAUGCCAACACAGUUCUGCUUCUAUGACUACAAGCUGGCACACUCUAUAGGCCAGAUGCAGAGAUAGAUAGGUACAUCUUUAUUUUAUGAACCUUUAUUUAACUAGGCAAGUCAGUUUAAGAACAAAUUCUUAUUUACAAUGACGGACUAAGAACAGUGGGUUCAUAACUGCCUUGUUCAGGGGCAGAACGACAGAUGUCAGCUCGGGGGUUUGAACUUGCAACCUUCCGGUUACGAGUCCUACUCUCUAACCACUCGGCUACCCUGCCAUCCCAUUGACUGUGUAGAAAAACAGGGGACCCUGUUGGAUUUGACCGCUUGUAUGGCAUUUUAUUUGUUGUUUGAGCACUUUUUAAUGGGAAAAUGUUGAUUCAGUAUUAGGUUUUAGAUGACUACAUUCCCUUACGAUUGCCCAUGGAAUUGCUACAGUGGAUGGAAAUGUACACCGGACUGAAUGGGAAACGGAGUUUACAGCAACACUGCAGUGCCAUAUUGUAAAAACAAAUGUUUUGUACUUUGCAGGUAGAUAUAAUAUUGUUUUGUUACUAUCAGGAUUUUAUACAAUAUUUUGAAUUAGUCAGUGUGCAGAUAUGAACCAUGAGAUGGUUAACACACAAUACUGUUCUGGACUCUUCUGUACAAGUUUGACCAAUGUCCACGUGUGGCAACAGUCAAUAAUCUGACCAAACUAGAUUUGCACAUUUCUUGCCCUGAAUGCCUGCCUACACAGUCCAUUGUGCAAUGUCAACAAAGUGCUUUUUUUUGUGUUGGUUUUUCCAUCUGUAGACAUAAAUCGAAUAUGAAAUGGAUUUAUUAUUUUGUUGUGUGUGAAGUUAUACCCUUUUCCAUUAUCCUAUGCAGACCAGUCCUAUGCAGACCAGUCCUAUGCAGACCAGUCCUAUGCAGACCAGAUUAACGUUUGAUAUAUUCAUCUGUAUAAUAAUAAAAUGGUCAUUUCUA